AGAGCUCUGCCUGUGAAAGUGGCGUGCAUUUCUAAAGGACUUGUUUUUACUGCUCUGUGAAGUCCUUGGACCUUUGCUGCAUUCCAUUUUCUUAUAAGAUACAAGACUUACUGAGCUGAGACGACUUUGCUCUUUAACAUGUCAGCUGUCUAUCCUCCUUUCAUCUGUUGCUAGCCCAACAAGAGGUCCAGUAGCCAGGAUUGUCCACCCCAAUACAAAAAGGAUGUUCUCUGGGAAGAUUCAUUUGCAAAUGAGCAAUAGAGGAGCAAUGGGAUUUAUUAAUUUGUUGAAAAAAAUGCCAAUUAUUGAUAAUAACCUGAAAAGAAGGUGCAAAUUUUGGAGACAAAUAUUACAUCUCUCUCAAAGGCUUUAUUUUAAAGGCAAGUGAAGUUGCUUCAAAUAAAACAACUCGGAGUUUCCAAGAAACUGUUAAGAGAAGGCAGAGACAAGCAGACUCACUUCUUUGCUGAUACUUGCACAGUUGCCAUGGACCUACAUAAGCAAUGGGAGAACACAGAGGCCAACUGGCAUAAGGAAAAGAUGGAAUUGCUGGACCAGUUUGACAAUGAAAGGAAGGAAUGGGAAAGUCAAUGGAAGAUAAUGCAGAAGAAGAUAGAAGAGCUUUGUCAGGAAGUAAAACUUCGGAGGAAAAAAAACUUGAAUGAACAAAUUAACAUCAUUGGUCUUGAUCAUGAAAAGGCUGUUGAAGAUAAAAUCUUGGAAUUUUCUCCAAAGGACCCCAAUUCAGAACAAUCUGAUUGUACAGGGGUGAAUCACAGGGAUGGACUGGGAAAAGAAAAGAAAACAGAGCAGAGCUUUCUCAGUGAAGAGAAUCAAGUGUGUAAGGAGCAAAAAGCAACCAGAAAAACAAAAGUUGGGUUCAUAGAUCCCUUGGCCACAGAUAAGAAGGAAUGUGAGGCCUGGCCUGGCCACAAGCGUUCUAAGGAAGAAAGUAAGAGCUAUUCUGGAGCCCUCAACACUGCUCUUGAAGAACUUGCCAAAGUUAGUGAAGAGUUAUGCAACUUUCAAGAGGAAAUUCAAAAGCAGUCUAACCACAGAAGGAUGAAAUCAGACUCUUUUCUCCAGGAAAUACCAAAUGCACCUCAGAAAGAACAUCGGAUCAACAAUGACCAAUGUGUUCUUCCAAUUGAUUUAGAAAAAGAAAAACAGAAAAAUAGAAAAAAUCUGAGCUAUACCCAUGUGCUCCAAAGCAAUUCUAUGAAAAAAUGUGACACUGGUACAAAUGAUUUGCAAAGAAAUGAAAUCCCACCAGUUCCUCCACCACGAAGCACAUCUCGAAAAUUCCCCAGCUCAUAUGCUGAGCAAGUCCAAGAAAGGCUAAAGGAAAGUUUAGAGGGCAACAGCUGGGUUACCCACAGGGGUCAAGGAGAAAGGAAUGUCAACCCUCAUUGCCUUUUGAGGAAACCUACUUUGUGUCCAAAUGAAGAGAUUUUGACACCAGAGGUCAAAGUAGAUAGUAAGCCUCCAAUUAAUGAAGAUAUCAGAUUUCCUGUGUGGUCACAUGACUUUGGGAUAGGUACACAAAAGAGCCCUUCCACAUUGGGCUUUCAGAAAAACAGUUAUAUAACCAAUAAUCCAAAAUCUGAAAGGGUGAUUCCAGAAAACCCUCCUAAAUUUCCCCCUAAUCUUCAUCUAAGAAAUGACUGUAGUUCCUCAAUAACACAGAGCAGUGGUUUACUUGCAAGUUUCAGUUGUGACUUAGAAAGGACGACAAGGAAUGAAAAACUGGCAGCAAAGACUGAUGAAUUUAACAGAACUGUAUUUAGAACAGACCGAAAUUGCCAUGUAAUUCACCAAAUUCAAAACUACUCAAAAUCAACUGAAGAUCUUCAUCCCUGUGAUAACACUGCAAAAGGUGACAAUGUGAUUGGUGUUGUGAAAACCAGUGGACACGUGCUUGUGCCUAUGGAAAAUAUGCUUGGUAAUGCCACCAAGAAAUCGACAACAGGCCUGGUCAGACAGAUGCAGGAUUAUGGAAGUCCUAGCAGUUAUAGGAAUAUGUUCCAUGAGCAUGAUUGGAGACCAAGCAAUUUAUCUGGCAGACCAAGGUCAGCUGACCCCAGGUCAAACUAUGGUGUUGUGGAAAAGCUGCUGAAAACCUAUGAGACAUCACCCGGGCCUGCAUGUCAAAAUUCUAAAUGCUUCCAGGAUAACUGGAUCAGAUGGAAUUCUGAUGCCAAGGGUAAUGACACAUUAAGUCAGAAUGUAGAAAUGCAUCCAAUGGAGCAAGAAUUUCAGCCAAAAACAGCUUUGUUUGAGGGACUGCAAAUAAAACAAGGAAUAGAUGAGAAAAAUACCACAGAGGAAUCCAUGGCAAUGAAAGCCUCAAAUGGAAAAGGAUUUUCCCGACCUGCUAGACCUGCAAAUCGCAGGCUGCCAUCCAGAUGGGCAUCUAGAUCUCCUUCAGCGCCCCCUGCUCUGCGGCGAACUGCACACAACUAUAAUAUUUCUCUGCCAUCUGAGGCCCACGUGAUCGAAGUCGCUAACCUGGAUUACUAGAUUGCAGAAGUUGUAGUGCCAGUUGCCAAAUUGGUCAUUCUGAGUGUUUACACCCAGUCUUGUUCUCUUCUGUAUCUUUCAGGAUCACUAGGAUGAGCAGUUUGAAUCUUAACUUUCCAUCAGUCUUCAGUGUUUUUAAACUACAGAACAAUUUUCUAUUUUUAGGUUGAUUUCUUAGGUCAGAAUUUUUUAACAUCAUCUUCAUUAAUUUCUCACUAUGAUUUAACUUGGAACAAUGUACAAUAUUGUAUAUUCUAACUUUCUUGCAGUUUGCAGAAAACAAGGCGCUAUGCAUGGCCAUAUGUUUGCAGGUGCAUGUGCUGUAAUACGAAGUAUUCUAGUAUGUAUUUAGAUAAGAAAAACUGUGCUAGUGUUGCCUUUGACAUUAUAACAUGUAUACCUAUAUAUUCUUUGUUUUUAUUUGAAAGUUUUGAAAAUAUACACUACUGUUUAUAUUUUGUAUACCUUUUAAUAGGUAUCCACCUAAGGCAUUUGAGGUUCAUAUAUUAAUUAACCAAUUUCUUGACACACGACUACAUUAAAAAAAGAAUUAAACACAUAUUUAACAGUAGUUUUCUAAAUAUAGCAUAUAAGUAGCUUCUUAAUUCAAGUGAGGAUAGACUUAUUCCAUGGGUUUCCUUGUUUAUUCUUUUAAAUAAAAAUGCAACAAAUUUAACAGAUCAGUAUUCUCAAGUAAGCAUAAAAUGUGUAUAAAUGCUUCUAUAUCAUUUGGUAGUCUCAAAUGGCUUUACCUGCAUACUUGAUCCUCAGAGCCAACUUCAUAAGACUGCCUUAUGAAUGACAGGACUAAAUAAUGAAUUUAUUUUGUCAACCUCAGUAACAAAUAAUCCUUAAAUUGUAUGCAAAAUGAAGUUACAUUAUGCUGAAUUUUUACUUUUUUGUUAAAAUUAUGGUAAGCUUUUAGUUUAGCUACCUUAUCUGGAACUAUACAUGCAUAGAGGUAAGUAAUUCUUUUUUUCCUUUUUUCUAACUUUUUCCCUAAAAUUAGUGAUAAAAGAGUAGCUCACUUUUUUGUUGACAAAGAAGAUCAGGAAAACUAUUUCCUUGAGAACUAACUGAAUUAUAUUUCUUAUAAUGUGCUAUAUAAAGGCCUUAAAUAUUGGCAUCCACAGUAGCAUAAGAAACAGAAGAGUAUGUGUUCUGUGUGUG